ACCUUAUUUGUUUUUUUGAGUGGACUAAUGGCGAAAUAUCAUAGAAGUGUGGAGGCAUUGCUAAGUCUAACUUUACGCAUUCGGCUAUUGUCUCCUCCCUUGCCUCCUCCAUGGGCGAAAGCGCAGCCAUGGUCUUGGCUUCUCUUCCCCAGUCCUCUCCCGCUUCUUUGUUGUCUCCGCCGGAGGUCCCCAUGGAGCUCCACAUGCAGAACCGAGAAAAGCUCGUCCAUGCCCUUCGCGAUCACCUCUUCGCUGCCUCUCAACCUGUCCGAGGUUUCGUUCUUCUCCAGGGUGGUGAAGAGCGGACCAGAUAUUGCACGGAUCAUACGGAGCUUUUCAGGCAAGAAAGCUAUUUUGCUUACUUAUUUGGAGUCAGAGAACCGGGUUUCUAUGGGGCCAUUGAUCUUAUAUCAGGGCAGUCUAUUUUGUUUGCGCCACGGUUGCCUGUUGAGUAUGCUGUUUGGUUGGGCAAGAUAAAGCCAUUAUCUUACUUUAAGGAGAAAUACAUGGUUGAUAUGACAUAUUUUUCCGAUGAGAUGGCACAAGUUCUGCAUGAUUUAAGUGGGGAAUCAGGAAAUCCAUUGCUUUUCCUUUUGCAUGGGUUAAAUACUGAUAGUAAUAACUUCUCCAAGCCUGCAGAGUUUAAGGAGAUUGAGAAGUUUGAGACUGAUUUAAUCACUCUUCAUCCUAUAUGCCGAGUUAUAAAAUCUAAAUUGGAGCUUGAUCUUAUUCAGUAUGCUAAUGAUGUGAGUUCAGAAGCACAUGUUGAGGUUAUGAGAAGAAUCAGAGCAGAGAUGAAAGAGUAUCAGUUGGAAAGCAUCUUUCUGCAUCACAUCUACAUGUAUGGUGGUUGUAGGCACUGUUCGUAUACAUGUAUUUGUGCCACAGGUGAAAACAGUGCUGUUCUUCACUAUGGUCAUGCAGCUGCUCCAAACGACCGGGCAUUGAAAGAAGGAGACAUGGCUUUGUUUGACAUGGGAUCUGAAUAUCACUUCUAUGGGUCUGAUAUAACAUGUUCUUUCCCCGUUAGUGGACAAUUCACAAAUGACCAGGCUGCAGUAUACAAUGCUGUCUUAGGGGCUCAUGAUUCAGUAAUAAAAUCAAUGUCUCCUGGAGUGAGUUGGAUUGUCAUGCACAAGCUUGCAGAAAAGAUCAUCCUUGAGUCACUUCAGGCAGUAGGAAUCAUUGUUGGUGAUAUUGGUGAAAUGAUGGCAGAGCGGUUAGGUGCUGUUUUUAUGCCUCAUGGUCUUGGACACUUGCUUGGAAUCGACACUCAUGAUCCUGGUGGCUAUACUAAGGGAAUGGAAAGGCCCAAAGAGCCCGGACUGAGUUCUUUAAGAACAAUCAGGGAACUGAGGGAGGGAAUGGUGAUAACUGUGGAGCCAGGGUGCUAUUUCAUUGAUGCUCUUCUAAAUCCUGCCUUGGAAGAUCCAAUGAAGUCGAAAUUCCUUAAAAAGGAAGAACUCGAUAGAUUCAAGAACUUUGGUGGCAUUCGAAUUGAGAGUGAUGUGGUUGUUACAUCAAACGGCAGCAAGAAUCUUACAAAUGUGCCACGUCAAACGUGGGAAAUUGAAGCCGUGAUGGCUGGCGCGUCAUGGCCUCUGAACCAGAAGCCGCCACCAAAUGACCUCGCUUCGCACAAUUCCGGAUGAUCACCGCUCAGAAUCAAUCCCUUGGAAUUCUCACAUUUUACAUUCCAUUUCAGAUUUAUCCUGUCAUCUAUUUGCCCAGUCAGGGGAAGAAUGGAAUUGUAUGUGACAUCUAUAAAAAUGGCCAUGACGUCGUAUUUAUAUAGUUUUGGCCCGCUAUUUGAGAAUCUACAUUUUAAUAUAUUUAUGUGCUCACAACAUAAUUUAUGUUUUUUUUUUAAUUAAAACUAUAAUUUAUCAAAGCAUUGUUUACAAGUAUAAAUGGUUUAAGUGGGGGAUGAAAAAAA